AUGCAGCGCGCAUCAGGUUUCGUGUUCUUGUUCUUUUCUUAUAUUGCCUAUGCACAGCAAUCCCUCUAUGGCCAAUGCGGAGGUAGUGGAUGGUCAGGAUCAACAGUGUGCACAGCACAGGCAACUUGCAGCACCUUGAAUCCCUACUAUGCACAAUGUGUGUCUGCAACUGCGACAGCAAGCACGAGCACGACAACCAAGACUACAUUGUCGACUACCACCAGUUCCACCACUACUAAAACAUCCACUGGAACUACCACGACUAAAACAUCCACAGGAACUACCACUACAGCUCCUGCUACUACAAACAGUGGCAAUCCGUUCAGCGGCUAUCAGCUCUAUGCAAACCCUUACUACUCCGCCGAGGUCUUCACAUCAGCAAUUCCUUCACUGACAAGCUCUCUCGCCGUGAAGGCUAGCUCGGUUGCCAAAGUUCCAUCCUUUGUUUGGCUUGACACAGCUGCCAAGGUUCCGACCAUGGGGACCUACCUUGCCGACAUCCAGGCGCAAAAUGCGGCCGGUGCCAACCCGCCCAUUGCCGGAAUCUUUGUGGUUUAUGACUUGCCAGACCGCGACUGCGCCGCUCUUGCCAGUAAUGGCGAGUACUCAAUUGCCGAUAACGGAAUUGCUAACUAUAAAGCGUACAUUGACUCAAUCAGGGCUCAGAUUGUCAAAUAUUCUGAUGUGCAGACUAUUUUGGUCAUUGAGCCCGAUAGCCUCGCAAAUCUGGUUACAAAUAUGAAUGUGGCUAAAUGCGCCAAUGCUGAGAGUGCUUACCUGGAGUGCGUCAACUAUGCGUUGAUCCAGCUCAACUUGGACAAUGUAGCAAUGUACAUUGACGCCGGACAUGCCGGCUGGCUGGGCUGGUCAGCUAAUCUCCAACCGGCCGCUACGCUCUUUGCCAAUGUAUACAAAAACGCGUCGUCCCCCGCUGCUGUACGCGGAUUAGCCACUAAUGUUGCUAAUUAUAACGCCUGGACCAUUGCCUCUUGUCCAUCAUACACAUCAGGAGACUCAAACUGCGACGAAAAGCUUUAUGUCAAUGCUAUGGCCCCUCUGCUUGAAGCUGCUGGUUUCUCUGCCCAUUUCAUUACUGACACUUCACGGAACGGUGUCCAGCCAACCAAGCAAAAUGCCUGGGGUGACUGGUGCAACGUCAUUGGGACUGGCUUUGGUGUUCGCCCCACGACAGAUACUGGGGAUGCUCUUGAGGAUGCAUUUGUUUGGGUCAAGCCCGGCGGAGAAUGCGAUGGUACAUCUGAUACCACAUCCGCACGAUAUGAUGCACACUGCGGAUAUAGUGAUGCCUUACAGCCUGCCCCAGAAGCCGGAACGUGGUUCCAGGCAUAUUUCGAGCAGCUACUUGUCAAUGCCAACCCAUCUUUUUGA